CUCUGGAAAACCCAGCCCAGCAGUCAGGCCCCACGGUCGGGUUCCGCACUUAGGAGCCUUAGCAGGGCAAGAUGGCAGCGCCGGGAGCCCAAGUGGAGGUGCGACACUGAGCACUCCAUGCCUGCGGGCGCGGGGAGGCGUGGCCUCCCCCAGGGCCGCCACCUCUACUGGUUGCUCUGCGCGUUCACCUUAAAGCUCUGUCAAGCAGAGGCUCCGGUGCGGGAGGAGAAACUGUCAGUGAGCACCUCAAAUUUGCCAUGCUGGCUGAUGGAAGAGUUUGUGGUGGCAGAAGAGUGUGCUCCAUGUUCUAAUUUCCAGGCUAAAACCACCCCUGAAUGUGGUUCCACAGGGUAUGUGGAGAAAAUCACAUGCAGCUCAUCUAAGAGGAAUGAGUUCAAAAGCUGCCGCUCAGCUCUGAUGGAACAACACUUAUUCUGGAAAUUUGAAGGGGCUGUCGUGGGUGUGGCCUUGGUCUUCGCUUGCCUUGUCAUAGUUCGUCAGCGACAGCUGGACAGAAAGGCUCUGGAAAAGGUCCGGAAGCAAAUCGAAUCCAUAUAGCUACCGUCUACCCUUUUAUGUGGGUCUUAAAGACCCUGCCUCAGAUAAAGAAAGUGGAAUGGACUGACUUGUAUCCCUGGUAUACUGGAGAGUGGGGAAACAAACAAAAAAAACAUUCUUCCAUCUUGACUAGAUCAUUAAUGAGCAGAAUAAAAAGAGUAAAAUAGU